AUGUUCCGACCCCGCCAGGUAUCAACCCUAUCGACCCUCAGAACUCAAUGCACUGCCAUCACCACACCUACACGAAGUAGCAUCAACAAAUCCAGCCUCCUAUUCAACCACCAGAACCACCUCGUCAAUAAACCCCUCCCGCGUUUUCCCCAUCCCUGCACCACCCGCCGAACAAUAAGCCAGAUGGCCCCAAGCGACGUCUCCAAAUAUCUCCAGGAAACACACGAGCGUGUCUUCGAGAACAACAGGAAAUGGGCAGCAGAAAAGGCCGCCAAGGACCCGCACUUCUUCGAGAAGCUCUCCAUCGGACAGAACCCCGACUACCUGUGGAUUGGCUGCAGUGACAGCCGUAUUCCUGCCGAGCAGAUAACAGGCCUAGACCCCGGCGAGGCCUUUAUUCACCGCAACAUCGCCAACCUGGUCUGCAACACCGAUCUCAAUGUGAUGAGCGUGAUAAACUAUGCCGUGCGGCACCUGCACGUCAAGCACAUCAUUGUCUGCGGGCAUUACGAGUGCGGCGGCGUCAAGGCUGCUCUGACACCGGCAGACCUGGGCUUGUUGAACCCCUGGCUGCGAAAUAUCCGCGACGUCUACCGGCUCCAUGAGGCGGAGCUGGAUGCCCUGGAUGAGAACAAGCGCUAUGACAGGCUUGUAGAGCUGAAUGUGAUUGAGCAGUGUCGGAACAUCAUUAAGACGGCAGCUGUGCAGAAGAUGUAUUCGAAAAACCAGUAUCCGAUUGUGCACGGGUGGGUGUUUAACAUCAAGAAUGGGCUGUUGACGGAUUUGAAGAUUGAUUUUGAGAAAGUGUUAACGGGUAUCCAGAAGAUUUACGAUUUGACGGGGAAGUGA